CAGAAGAAACCAGAAGAAUGCCCAGAAGAAUUUACAAAGUCACACUAGAAGAAGUUUGAGUAAUGUCCUGAACAACAUGCCAGAUAAGGGAGACAAAUGCAUAGUGCAGAAACACAGCAGAUAUCAGUGUAAACCAUGGAGAUCACAAAAGAAGAGUAAAUUUGCAAAGAGAUCGAAUGUAAAUGAAAUUCAAGACAAGCAGUGCUGGUUGUGCGAUAGGAGUAUUAAGUCAUCUGAAAACAAGGUGCAGUGUGAUGGCUGUGACAUUUGGUAUCAUGUGCAUUGUAUGAAUUUCUCAAAGAUGAAACGGCUGUUGAGCAACAAAGCUGUGACAUGGUUGUGCAGAAAAUGUGGGAGGAGUACUUAUUCUGAGUCUCUGUUAUGUAAUCUUGGUAUUCCAACAGAUGAUAACAUGUAUGAGUUGACAGUUCAGGAGACAUGCACCGAUGAUGUGGUCAGAGAGAGGUUGGCGAGUGGAAUGUGCAGGAAGGACAGCAACAAAGACAAUCAGAGAAAAAAUAAUUUGUGCAUGUGUGGUGUAAACGUCAUUGAAGAGAAGACAACCCUCUUGUUGGAAACUGACCAUUGGAAAUAUUUGCACAGUUAUGUUUUUAAAGCCCAUUUAUAGCAUUACUAUGAUGUGAAGGACAACUAAUCAUCUGUCAACCAUGCCCGAGUUCAAUCAGCCACCUCUUGCAUCACUGUGAUGUCACAGGCUACUAAUCACAGUCUGUCAUCCAAGCCCAAGUACUGUCAGUCAUCUCUUGUACUGUACCACUAUGUGUGAGGCUACAUAUCACCUGUCAACCUAGUCUUGAGCUCUGUCGGCCACAUGUUGCAUCACUGUAUUUAUUUAAAUCCUGCUAAUCACCUGCCAUCCAUCAUGAAUACUGUGAGCCAUCACUUGCAUCACCCGCCAUUCAAGGCUGAGUUCUGUGAGUUACCUUGUGCAUCACUAUGAUGUCAAAGGCUCUUAUUACCCGCCAUACAUCACCAAGUUCUGCAAGUCACCUCGUUCAUCACCGUGAUGUCAAAGGCUACUAAUCACUUGUCAUCCAAGCCAAACUUCUCUAUGUCACCUCUUACAUAACUCAAAUGUCAAAUACUCAAAUGCUUCUGAUGACCAGGAUGACUUGUCAUCCAAGUACGAGUUCUGUGAUGUCAAGACUGUAUAUUUGUUGUCCAAGCCUUUGUCUUGUCAUCAAACUCUUGUAUAAACAUGUGAUGGUAAAGGCUUUUAUCAAUUGUUCAACAGGCCUAAUUUCUGUCAGCCACCUCAUUUAUCAGCAUGAUGUUAAACGCUUUUGAUUUGUAAUCCAAUUUGGAGUACAUCCUUACAUUUAGUCCAGUGUAUGUGUUGAAAAUCAUUUCACACUUGUAGAGUUUAACACUGUGAGGCUUCCAAUGUCCACAUUUUUCGUGGAAUAUGUCAGUUACACUGCAAAGUGCCAUAUCUGUGGUGUGUUCAUUGAUCAUCAUACAGAUACUGUUGUAUGACAGCUUUGAAUAUGGAUGUUAAUUUGUAAACUAAACAGUACAUUUCCUUUGAGGGAAACAUUUGGGAAAAGAAGCA